AUGCCACCCAUUCCCAGCAUGCUCGACGAAGGGACAACAUCUCUCAUAGCCUCCGUACAACGGAAACAGAAGGACAUUGCGGACUUUCAGAUACCCCGCCUGCGGACAUGCAAGGGCCCGCUCGCGGUCCAGCAGCAGCUCGCGACAGAACUGCGUGAGGACCUGGAUGCAUUCACCCGGCAUAUCGAGGUUCUUGACAUCGCAGUUGAUGACCAGGCGAGCGAGCGCGAUCGGCAGGAGCUCAGGCAAAUUGUUGACGAAUUCCGCGAUGCUCUGACGAGUCUGCGCAAAGACACUCGGGCUGCCGUGCUCGCAUCGAAACGCGUGAUUGACGCAAACCAGCUGUCGAGUAGAGAAGAGCUCCUGCACUCGUCUGCUGUGACGGAGAAACAGACUCUGAAUGAGAAAGUCACCGAAGACGCACUCAUGAAGGCUAAUAACGACGUAACGGAAGCACUACAGCGCACGAUCAACCUCAUGCAGGGUGAGCUCGAGCGCUCGGUCCUCUCAAGCCAACUUCUCGAUUCAUCGACUGCAGCUCUCCGCUCGACUUCCUCCACUCAUGACGUGCUCGACGGCCUCAUGUCGGCCUCGAAGCAGCUCAUAACUGCGCUCGAGAAGUCCGACUGGCUGGACCGCCUACUUAUCCUCGCCGGGCUCGCCUUCUUCCUCCUCGUCGUGCUUUUCAUCCUUAAGCAGCGCCUCGUUGACCGCGGCCUGCGGAUCGCGCUCUGGUGGACACGCUUCAUCCCAGACUUUAGCGGGGACGCGGGGCUGGUGCGGAUGGAGGAAGGAGAGGUCUUGUUGAAAACAGUCGUAGAGGCGGCGUCGACCGCGGUGCUGACAGCUUCCUCUGUGGCAGCUACAGCGACCAGCUUGGCCGUACAUCCCUCAGAAGCUGUGGAUGAGAGUCUGCCUCCUUUGGAUACCUCAAUUCUCGAUAUACUGGGUACAUCCAGCGCAUCUACAGUCUCCUCACCAUCUCCAGGUUUUUCUGGACGACCUGAAUUUUCGGAUGGCGUGGAAUCUAGUACGCACGAUGAAUUGUAA